GAUGAGGUUACCAAGUUUCAUGGUUAUGACUAUAGAUCCAACUCCAAUGUUGUACUAACAACAAAGAGAAAGAAAAGAUCACAAAAUCAAGAACCAUCAGGUGAACCAGAAACGUUGUCCGGUAAGGAUUUACACAGAAUGGGUGAUCGUGUUAUACACUCAAAACCUCCUGCCUCUGCUAAAAAGAAGAAAAAACAGGAGCAAAAAUUAUCAUUUAAAAAAAAACAAUCUAUUCUGGACAUUAAUACUUCUCAAGAGCAUUAUAAUCCAAAAACAGACGAAACUAGGACAGUUUAUGAAUCAAUCUUGGACAAGGUACAACAUUAUUUAGGUGAUGUUGACCAUGAUACAUUAAGAGGAGCUGUAGAUGAAAUAUUAACAAUAAUGCAUGAUGAAAAUCAAUCUGAUCACCAAAAGCAAGAGGAAGUUUCACAAAUAUUAUCAUCAAUACCAAGUGAUGAGUUUGCAAAACUUUAUCAAUUAUGCAAGCGUACCACUGAUUUCGUAGUUAGUGAUGUUGUAGGAGAUAAUUAUCAAGGAAUUGAUGAAGGAAUAGCUUUAGUUUCAUCUGAUGAAGAAGAGGAUGAUGAAACAGAGGGAUUGAACAAUCAAACUGUUGGAUAUGUUGUUUCGUCUGACUCUGAGUCUGAUAUUUCUGACUCUGAACAACCUACAAUAGUGGAAUCUUCAAAAAUGGAAGAUGAAGAAGAAGAAGAUUUGGAUAUUACCACUAUUGAUUCUCUUUGGCUCCAAAAAGAGUUAUCUAAGUAUUAUUCUGAUUCUAUUGAAUGCAAAAAAUUAUCUAAUGGGAUUUUAGAUAUAUUAUCAAGCUCUGAAGAUGAGCACGACAUUGAAAAUCAAUUGGUUCAGAUUUUAGACUAUGAUAAAAUUGAUAUGGUACAAAAAUUGAUGAGAAAUAGAUUAAAAAUUAUUUAUUGCACAAGAUUACACCAAGCAGCAACGAAAGAAGAAAAGGAAAAGAUUGAACAAGAAAUGAUGACUAAUGAUAGUUUGGUAAAAAUUUUAGAAAAGUUGAAAGGUACCAAAAUUUCAUCAGGAAAUACUGGUACUUCUAGGGUAGAGAGAGAAAAUUAUCAAUGGAAGGGAGAGAGAGUUAUAAAUUUGGAAAAUUUAACUUUUGAAGAGGGUAGUCAUUUAAUGAGUAAUAGAGAUUUUACUUUACCAAGUACUGCUUCUACAGCCCAAUUCAAAGGUUAUGAACAAAUUACCAUUCCAUACUCUUCUCAAGAUAAACCGCGAGUAGAUAAUUUAAUUGAAAUCAAGUCAUUACCAGAAUGGUCUCACAAAGCAUUCCCAAAUAUGGUUAAGCUCAAUGCUGUACAGAGCAUUAUUUUCAAAUCGGCAUUUUAUUCCCCUGAAAAUUUGUUAAUUUGUGCUCCAACUGGUGCUGGUAAGACUAAUGUUGCUGUUUUGACAAUGCUUCAUGAAAUUGGCUUACAUAUGGAUGAAAGUUUUGACAACUUGAUAGAUUUGGAUUUCAAGAUGAUAUAUAUUGCUCCUAUGAAAGCCUUAGUACAAGAAGUGGUCGGUAACUUAAGCGAGAGAUUAAAACCAUAUAAUAUUGUUGUACAGGAAUUAACAGGUGACAGAAAUAUGACAAAACAGCAAAUUGAUGAGACUCAAAUUAUAGUCACAACGCCAGAAAAAUGGGAUAUUGUUACUAGAAAAUCUGGAGACAGGACAUAUGUUGAAAAAGUCAAGUUAAUUAUUAUUGAUGAAAUUCAUCUUCUUCAUGAUGAAAGAGGUCCUGUACUAGAGUCUAUUGUUGCUCGUACAAUUAGACAACAAGAAUCAACAAGACAAAACAUUAGACUAGUAGGAUUGAGUGCUACCCUUCCUAAUUAUAAGGAUGUGGCAACAUUUUUACGUGUGAAACCAGAUAAUUUAUUUUAUUUUGAUAGUAGUUUUAGACCAUGUCCUUUGGAUCAAUAUUAUAUUGGUGUAAAUGAAAAGAAGCCAUUUAAAAGACACAAGUUAAUGAACGAGAUUGUGUAUAAUAAGGUUGUUGAAAUAGCAGGGAAACACCAAAUUAUUGUGUUUGUACAUUCCAGAAAGGAUACAUACAAAACAGCAAAGGCAUUGCGUGAUAUGGCAAUAGAAAAUGAUACAAUUGGUAAAUUUGUGAAACAAGGUUCAGCUACUUCAGAAAUACUUAAAGAGGCAUCUCAGAAAGAUGCUAAUGGAGCAGAGUUAAAGGAAUUGCUUUCUUUUGGGGUUGGCAUCCAUCACGCAGGUAUGACAAGAAAUGAUCGUACUCUUGUUGAAGAUUUAUUUGAUGAUGAACGUUUACAAGUUCUGGUCAGUACGGCCACUUUAGCUUGGGGUGUUAAUCUUCCAGCCAGACGAGUUAUUAUUAAAGGAACUCAAGUAUACAGUCCUGAAAAAGGUGAUUGGACAGAACUGAGUGCUCUGGAUGUCAUGCAAAUGAUAGGUCGUGCGGGAAGAUUUCCAAGAGAUAGUAGGGGUGAAGGUUUAAUUGUAACAACCCAAUCUCAUUUACAGUAUUAUCUUGCUUUGCUUAAUCAACAAUUACCUAUUGAAAGUCAGUUUAUCAAAUCGCUACCAGAUAAUCUUAACGCUGAGGUUGUUCUUGGAACAGUUCAAAACAUUGAUGAGGCUAUCAACUGGCUUGGUUAUACCUAUCUUUAUGUUAGAAUGUUGAGAAAUCCGCUUCUUUAUGGUAUUACUAAAGAAGAUGUGGAACAUGAUAAGAAUCUCUAUCAUUGGAGAAGAGAUUUAGUAUAUUCUGCUGCAUUAAUUUUAGAAAAGAACGGACUUAUCAAGUUCGAUAAAAGAUCAGGAGAUUUCCAACCAACAGAUUUGGGAAGAGUUGCAAGUCAUUACUAUGUUACUCACAAGUCAAUUGCAACUUUUAAUAAUAAUUUGAAACCAAACUUAAGCGAUAUUGAAUUAUUCAGACUAUUUUCCCUUUCUGAUGAAUUUUCUCAAAUGACAGUCCGUCAAGAAGAAAAAUUAGAAUUAUCAAAACUUAUUCACAGUGUACCUAUUCCUAUUAAGGAAUCUGCUGAUGAUCCAUCCGCAAAGGUGAAUGUGUUACUACAAGCCUACAUUUCUAGGUUACGUUUGAAUGGGUUUGCAUUAAUUGCUGAUAUGACCUAUAUUACUCAGAGUGCUGCUCGUAUUGCUAGAGCUUUAUUUGAAAUUAUUAUGCAUAGAGGAUGGGCUCAAUUGGCAUCAAAGGUUCUUAAUCUAGCUAAAAUGAUAGAACACAAGAUGUGGUACACACAAACACCACUUAGACAAUUCCCAAAGAUUGAACAAACCAUUCUUAAACAACUAGAGGGAAAGAACACUCUUUGGGAACGUCUUUAUGACUAUACUCCUGCAGAACUUGGCAGACUAGUUCACCAUAAUCAACGUGGAAAAGAUUUAUACAAGUAUAUCCAUCAAUUCCCUCGUCUUGAUCUUACAGCAAGUGUCCAACCAAUUACUCCAAGUACUUUAAGAAUAGAGUUGACCAUUUCUCCUGAUUUCCAAUAUAACAAGAGUAUUCAUGGUGCAGCACAAACUUUUUGGAUAUUUGUAGAGGAUGUAGAUGGAGAAGUCAUUUUACACCAUGAAUCAUUUGUUUUAAAGCAAAAAUAUGCUGAAGAGAAUCAUUUUGUCAGUUUCACCGUUCCAAUUUAUGAACCGCUUCCUCCUCACUAUUUUAUCAAAGUAAUUUCAGAUAGAUGGCUGCACUCUGAGCAAACACUUCCAAUAUCUUUUAGACAUUUAAUCUUACCACAAAAAGCUCCUCAAACAACAGAGUUAUUAGAUUUACCUCCUCUUGAAAUAUCUGCUCUCAAGAAUGGUAAAUAUGAACAACUUUUAUCAAAUAUGGGAGUAUACAAAUUUAAUCCUAUUCAAACACAAGUUUUUAGAUCGGUUUAUCACAGCGAGGAUAGUGUUUUAAUUGCUGCACCUGGUGGAAGCGGAAAGUCCUUGUGUGGAGUUCUUGCAAUAAUGAAAAUGUUUAAUGACCAUGAAAAUUCAAAGUGUGUGUACAUUGCUGCUAUCCCAUCUGUUGCCAAUAAGAGAGAAAAGAAAUGGAUUUCUCUUUUUGAACAAAUUGGCAAAAGAGUUGUAAAUUUAACAGGAAAUUUAGCCAAAGAUAUGAUUUUAUUCGAGCAAGGUGAUAUUAUUAUUUCCACUCCCGAACAAUUUGAUAUGUUUUCAAGAAAGUGGAAGGCAAGAAAAUCCUUAUCCAAUGUAAAAUUGGUUGUGGCUGAUGAGCUUCAUAUGAUUGGUGGAGAAGUUGGUCCUAUUAUUGAAGUUGUUAUUUCUAGGAUUAGGUAUAUGUCUUCUCAAUUAGAAACCAAUAUUAGAAUUGUAGGACUAAGUGCUUCAAUUUUAAAUGCAAAGGAUGUUGCAGACUGGAUUGGUACCAAGAAGGAAUGUUGCUUUAAUUUCCAUCCAAGAUAUAGAUCCAUACCAUUGGAAAUCAAUAUUCAAGGAUUUACUCAAAGCUCUUACAAUGCCAGACAGGUAGCUAUGAGUAAACCUGCGUAUAAGGUAAUUAAGCAAAAAUCAGGAGGAGAACAAACAAUUAUAUUUACAUCUUCUCCAAAACAGGCAUCUUUUAUCUCAUCUGAUCUAAUUGAUCACUUGAGUAAUGACAUUAAUUCCAAAAUAUUUGUUGGUGAUAGUUCAGCAAUUAAUCAUGCUAUUGGUUCAGUUGACAGCUCUGCAUUGAAAGAAGUACUAACGUUUGGUAUUGCUUUCUAUCAUGAAACUUUAACCAAAAAUGACAAGCAAAUUGUUGAGGAAUUGUAUUCUACAGGUGUUAUCAAGGUGUUGGUAGUAACACAUCAAAUGUGUUGGGGAAUGGAGCAAAAAUCAAAACUUGUAAUCAUUAUGGGAACCGAAUACUAUAAUGGCAAAGAACAUAGAUAUACCGAUUACUCUAUUAUAGAUAUGGUACAAAUGAUGAGUAGGUCUGGUAGAAUUGCAGUUGAUAAGGACUCGACUUGUUACAUUUUCUGUGCAGCCUCAAGAAAAGACUAUCUGUUAAAAUUCCUAUAUGAACCAUUCCCAGUAGAAUCCCAUUUGGAUCACUUCCUCUAUGAUCCUCUAAAUGCUGAAAUUUCUUCUAAAAUUAUUGAAAAUAAGCAAGGUGCUGUUGACUAUUUGACUUGGACCUUUCUCUAUAGAAGAAUUCGUAAAAAUCCUAAUUAUUACAAUUUAAGUGGAACAACCAAGAUACAUUUAUCAGACUAUUUGUCCGAGUUGGUGGAAUCUUCAUUGGAAGAGUUGCAAAAAUGUAACUGUAUACUUGUUGAAGAUGAUGAGAUAACAGCUAUGAACUUGGGUACAAUUGCUGCUCACUAUUACGUAAAACAUUCCACAAUAGAAAUUUACAGCACCACAAUCAAUAGUAAGACCAAGUUGAGAGGUUUAUUAGAAGUUCUGGGUUAUUCCACUGAAUUUGAGCAAUUACCAAUUAGACAAAAGGAGAAUCACAUACUCAGAAAGCUUUUCACACACGCUCCGCUAAAGGUUGAAAAGCCAAACUAUACCCAAGUGUCUACAAAGGUAAAUUUGAUACUUCAAUCCCAUUUUUCAAGAACAAGGCUCACACCAGCUAUGGAAAUGGAUAAGAAACAAAUUCUUCUUCAGUCUGUAAAACUUUUAAGAGCUAUGGUUGACGUUAUCGGUAAUGAAGGUUUUUUAACACCAGCCCUUGCAGCCAUGGAAAUGUCUCAAAUGAUCACACAAGCAUUAUGGGAUAAGGAUCCAUUUUUAAUGCAAUUACCUCAUUUUACUAAAGAAAUUUGUUCUAGAUGUGAACAAGGUGGAAUAAUUACUAUUUUUGACUUGAUUAACAUGGAAGAUGAUGAAAGAAAUCAAUUACUUGGAUUUGGUGAACAGCAAAUGAUAGAUGUCGCUAAAGCACUCAAUAGGUAUCCGAAUAUUGAGCUUGCUCAUGAAAUUGUUACAGCAAAUGAGGACAUUACAACUAACUCUACAAUUACCUUGGCUAUUAGAUUUGAUGCUGAUGAUGUUGGAGAUGAGCCAAUUUAUGCACCAUAUUUCCCAGAAGAUAAGCUUGAAGAAUGGUGGAUUGUUAUUGGUGAUCAUUUUAACAAUGAAAUCAAGUCGAUCAAGCGAUUGCCAAUUAAACAAUCGAGUGAGACUAUGGUUAAAUUUUUAGCACCAUCUAAACCUGGAAAAUAUGAAUUCAAACUUUAUUUCAUGUGUGAUUCGUAUACUGGUUGUGAUCAGGAAUACCCAAUUUCAUUUACUGUCUUGGAAGGUGAGGAUGAUGAUGAAAUGGCAGAUGAAAAUUAAUUAAAGGAUCAUUUAAAUUCAUCGAUUGAUGUUUAUUUACAUGUCGGGCGAUUGUGCUGUUGAGGAAGAAGGUGACGAGGCUUGUUUGGAGAUUGUAGUGGCAGUAUUGUCGAUUUGUUGGAGAGAAGUAAACUGGGAGUUUAAACUGGAACUUUGAUGAAGAUAAGGCAUUGGAGGAGAAUUAGAAGUAAUAUAAGUAGGAUUAAGGUCAGCAGUGUUUUCAUGGUUAUCCAUUCUUGUACUUUGCUCACCAGAAAACACUCGUUUUUGGAGAGUUAUAUGAUCAAGAAACUUUUGCUGCUCUUUUAGUUUCCAAUCAGACCUGAGAGAGUCAGUUGGAUCCCACAAUGAGGACACCCAACCUACUGAAUAUGGAUUUGUAGUUGAAGGUCUAUUUUCUUCUUCUCUUGUUUUUUCUGCCUUUGGCGUGUAGAACCUUUGUUCUGUGGUUGAGCUAGGAACGCUCUUCGUGUCUAUGUCAUCAUAGAUUGAGAAAUCUUCUUGCAUUUCAAUAUUCUCUUUUCUCAGGUUUGUUCUUGAGGUUGACCUUCUUGGGGGUGUUAUUUGAUCAACAUCUUGCUCUUUCUCUCCGACUGAGGUCAAAUCCAUAAACUUUAAUUGUUCAUU